CUUUAACCGCAGCGCUACAUCUGAAGCAACAGUGACGCGCAUCGGGACGAUGAGAAGUCCAACGACCUAACAUAUCCAAACCAUCGUGACAACCGGGACCAGGUGUAAAACCCAAGAAUAGCACCAACACCGUGGAGUUCAGUACGAAAGCUCCAUAUAGUCAUGUUUACCCUGAGUAAUCUUUCUGGAAUUGUCAACCGGGCACAAGGGGGCGUGAACCCAAACAUUCAGUGGCUGGCUGUAAUAUAUACGCGUGUAUUUUGAUCAUUUUGGCAGAAACCUUCGACGCAGCACAGACCUCCAUCUCUAAGGAUUUUUGCAUAUAUAUAUUAAAGAUAUGGGCCAGUGUAGUUCAACGACAUCUGAGAAAGUUCACGAACAAUUUAACGAGACCGCGACACUUACGACUAUAAUGUUGACCGAGAAACGGAUUGCUGACAUUUCUCAUGGGAAACUGCGAUCAGAACAGAAUGACACGAGGACUCCGGCGGACAGACGACGGCACGGCUGCAACAGUCAUGACGACUGUGCCGGGCUGGUUUUUGUGGCGGACCCAACUGGUGGGGUGUGGAUAGAUAACACCAUGGGAAGACAAAGGUAAAUGAUCGCAAGUGGAUAAAUAUGGCUCUCCAUUGCUGGAGGAAGUUCCGUUCCUUCCUGAAAUCCAUCCGGAUGAAUAAUCCAGUCAACAGUAUCUGGAAAAUUUGGGAUGGUGUGAUAAGGAUCCGUGAAUGCACGAGAGAAAAAUAAUCCUUUAACUUUUCAUUGUACUGAAAUGGAAGCAGUAUGAUGCACUUCUUUGAAGAUUUCUUUCUUUCUUUAAAACAAAAGUUUUUAGUUAUGCAAAUUUUAAGAGGACUGUUUAUUACCUACUGUAUAUGACUCAAACUGAUGAAUGAAAUGGAAAGGCUGCUAUAAAUCCAAUUCAAGACAGUAUUAUUUUUCAUUUACUUUCUUUAUAUGGUCUCAGGGAAAGAGGCAACUUUAACUUUGUGUUGUUUGUAAUUGUAAUGUUAUUGUAACUAUUUAACUUUUAUGUAAAACAAAACAUAGCAUUGAGAAUUUCAAACACAAGAAUCUGACAAAAGAUUCAAUUAAAGUAUGGAAAAGCUUAUGUAAAAUGCAUGUUUUUGUAAAGAUUUAAAACACACAGACGCACCUUUACAGGGAUCCCUAGGAUAUCAAUUGGGUGGUGCCCCAUCACACUUUGACCCCGUUAAUCAACCGGUCACACAGAUAAGCCUAAUAUAAUACAUCACCGAGUAACACGGACAACAUCUUAAGCAAACUCAUUUGUUAGGUAAAGCCUGCGAGACGCGUUUGUUUUUUGAACAUUUGACAUGGGCCAAACUGGAUCCAGGCAAAAACCUGAAGUGCGUAUUCUCCUCCUAGGCCUUGACGGAGCCGGUAAAUCAACCCUGCUUUACAAGCUUAAAUACAAUGAAAACUUCCACACAGUUCCAACAAUAGGCUUCAACGUAGAAAUGAUUGAAGCAAAGAAAAGCAGGGAGAAAAUUGCCCUGACUGUCUGGGACGUCGGUGGCCAGGAUGAGAUGCGAAAACUCUGGAGAAAUUUCUACCAAGACUCGGCUGGAAUUGUGUUUGUGGUGGACUCUUCUGAUGGUAAGCGACUGGACGAGGCCAAACGAGUGUUGGAACAGACUUUAAAGAGCGACCACCUCAGGGGACUGCCAGUCGUUGUUCUUGCCAACAAGCAGGAUAUUGAAGAAGCUGAAACCGUAAAGGAGAUCACAGAACGGUUUAAUUUGAGAAAGAUUUGUAGUGGCCGAGACUGGUUCAUUCAGCCUUGUUCUUCAUUGACUGGAGCAGGUCUGGUGGAUGGUUUCCGAAGAAUGGUACAUUUGGUGAAAAUGAAACCCGAGGACAACAACAUCAAAGAGACUAUGAAACACAUCAGAUCAAAAUCUAUGAUGUCAAUGAAAAAAUAGCCUACGCUACUUUUGUAACUUUGUUAAUCACGCCAAUUGAAGGUAUGGAUAUGGUUGUACUAUUUAUUUCGAUGUGACCUAAAAAGGAAAUGUUAACAGGAGUUGCUAAAUUGUGUAUUUAUUGUGAAUGUGUUUUCUGUAAGAUCACCUCAAAGAAAAAUUCAAGAUACAAGAUGUUAAAACGUUUUUAUUUUUUUAAGUCACAUUGUUUAAACUUCCAUCUUUUAUUCUCAUUUGUAUGUAUUUGGGGAGACUUCAUUAUUCAAAUCCACUCCCUUCUUCUAAGCUCAGGAUAUCAGAAAGAUUAAGGAACAGGGCUUUUUCUUGCCUCAAGCUUUUGGUCCCUUGACUGACUUCAGAUUCAUUUGUCACUGGACUCAGAAGCUCAGGCUGCUCAGUAACAGAUGCUGUUGAGUCUUCAGAUGGGUUGAUCUGAAGAGAUCCUGUUAAUUGUGAUGUUUCUUGCUUUGGGAGCACAACCAGAGGACCUAAAGUGGCAAUUUUAUGCCAAUCUGAAGAGAAAGAUUAAGUGUUGUAAAAUCCUCCAAUGUGCAAUUUACCUGGUUUAAGUUUAUGAAAAAAAGAGAAACAUUAAAAUUGUGCCAACCUU